AUGGGUGGCUGUCGUUGCACGUUUCGUAGUUGUGAAAAUGCUACUUCUUCGCGUAAAGAGCUGCACUACUUUCGCUUUCCCGUGCGAGAUCCAGGACGAUUGAAUAUAUGGGUAAAAAACGCAGAACGUAGCGAAUUUUUGUCACUUCCAACAGAUAAGCUUUGCAACAAAGUUGUCUGUCAGGAGCAUUUUGAGCGAAAAAUGUUUAUGAACGAUUUGCGCGAUCGCCUCACGAAGACAGCCAUUCCUCGAUUAAUGCUGUUACCAGAUGGAAAUAUAUUUAAUGUAGAAACCGAGGAAUACCAUUGGGAAGAUGAAAACAAUUCCCUAGCAAUAUCUGCGCCGGAAGCCACACCACCGUACUCGGUAACGCCGUCCAAUCUAAAAAUCGUAUCGAACGCCACACACGAUUCGCCGAACGAACCGGAACUGAAGAAGAUUAAAAUACUGAACUCACAAUCUUUAAUAAGCAACAGUAUAGACACGCCGUGCGAAAUAAUACGAAUUAGAACUACUCCAAAUGGAGCAGAGCGUCGUCAUAGAGUAACACCACGAGUCACUGGACUAAGGACAACGAGGCUGGCACAGCUUCAAAACGCAAAAAUCUCAACAUUGGAGAUCGCAUCGUCCAGUAACAAUAUAACUACAGAUGAUAGUGGCACGAUGAUCGAAGUAGAAGACAUUGACGAGGUUUACCUUCAGAACGAGGAACAAUCUUCCGAAACAACCGAAGAUACUUCUGCGGUGUCAGCUCAGAAAGAUGUAUCAAUCCCGGCCGCUCACGUCGGAAUGCAACCAUCUCGAAAGGAGAUGACCGUUCCCGUUAUUGAUCCGAAGUUGCGCGAAAAGCUGGAACAGAACAGUCAGCAAAUUGCGGAACUGAAGGAUCUCGUAAAAGAGCUUGUAAAUCGUCCGGAGCCAAAAUACAAUUCCUCGCGCGACAUGUUGCUGCCGCCAAAGGUUGUUAUGGAAAAAGGGCCACAACUAACGAAGGCACAGCUUUUUAACAACAUCAAAAGGUAUCUAAACCCGUCGAUGGUGGCUUUGUUACGCAUGGAGCUGUUUGCUGGCUCAUCGGAUCGUCAGUGGAAACCAGACGAAAAGACGCUCGCGGUCGACAUGCUAAACAUGGGCGAGAAGGUGUACGACUACUUUACUGAGGAGUUUCGUUUUCGUUUGCCGCCCAGAUGUGAGGCAGAACGCUGGAAGGAAUCUGGUGAAAUUGACGCGGACGAUGCGUGCUAG